AUGGAGCCCCAUCUCCUGCACGAGUUCGACCAAGACUUCUACGGGGAGAAGCUGCACGUGCUGCUCUGCGGGUUCAUCCGCAAGGAGCUGAACUUCAACUCGCUGGGUGCUACAAGCAAGCAGGGCUCCGGAAGCCAUCACUCCGUUGGAGAAGAAUUACUGUAAUAUACAACAAAUGAGUGGUAUAUUAGCUGUUUGUGUGAGCGUGCGGUAGGGAGGCUUUGAAGCCGGGUUGUUUACAUCGCUCUCUGGUAAACGCCUUUUCUGUUUGUUUUUUUUUGUGUUGCGUGGUUGUGUAUCGGUCCCAAUCGAAUCGAUCUAUCGACCGCCCCGUCGCGAAAACCAGAGAGGGAGGGAGAUAGAGCCAUUUGCGGUCACGUUGCGCACUCCUCGCGGCAAGUUUCGCGAGCGAAAGAGAGAAAAAGGCGCCGCGCUGCGGGCGCAAAUUAGAAAAAAAAGUAGGCACAUCUUCCCCUUUUGCUCUUAGCUUUCACCUUCGUGUCCGUGUUUUUCUGUUGUCUUGUGAGGGGAGACUCAUGUCCAAUGAGGGGGAGAGCAGGUAUGUUUUACGCGAGCAUGCCCACCCACCAUUUGUUCGACUGCCGCCGACAUAAAUACGCGGGUCCGGGCAGCACACCGGGGUAAAAGAGAAAGGUCGCCGGUACCCAAGAGCACCGAACGGUGCCUUGCACCCAAAUAGCUGUCGUUCCAUUCUUUUUUUUCUGUGUGCUCGCUUCUGUGGGUUGGUUGCUGUCUUCUUUUUCUUUUUGUUCGGUGCGUGCUGGGGUUUCGUAGUUUUUGGGGAGGCAGUGUGACGAUGACAGGGACGUGCAGCGGAGAAGGACAGGGGAGGGGCGUUUUUUCUUGCAUUUGGCGUUUGGUGGGGCGGAGGGCUACGGCCGAUCGGACGGGCGGGUUGGACGGGCCGAACCCCUCCUUCUCUAGGUCUUAAUGGCAAGGGCGGAACUCGCAUGACAUGUCGGGUGAAGGCCUCUAUCGCCGUGAUUGUUUCGAUGUGCACACGUGUUUUUAACAGUCAAGACCUGUUUG